AUGGCUCCCUCACCGGAUCAUCAUGGAAGCAAUGUACUGAGUGACACGAGUCAGGACGCAGAAUAUGAUGUCAGCUUCAAGGAUACGGAAAAGCAGCAAGAGGAGAAAGCUCGUCCGGAAUAUCAGGACACCUUUGGUGAUGAAGAAUACGCCGAGGUGAAGUACAAGGUGCUGAGCUGGUGGCAAUGUGGUUUUCUGAUGGUCGCGGAAACGGUCUCGCUGGGGAUUCUCUCGUUACCCGCCGUGGUUGCUGCCUUAGGCCUUGUCCCUGCUAUUAUUCUUCUGCUCGGCCUUGGCCUUCUGGCGACUUAUACUGGCUAUACCAUUGGGCAGUUCAGAUGGCGCUAUCCUCACAUUCAAAGCAUGGCCGAUGCCGGCGAGGUCCUGCUCGGCAAAUUCGGCCGCGAGUUCCUGGGGACUGGUCAACUUCUGCUUAUCAUUUUCAUCAUGGCUAGUCACAUCCUUACCUUUACGGUGGCCAUGAAUUCCAUCACCGACCACGGAACCUGCUCCAUUGUCUUUGGUGUUGUGGGACUAGUCAUCUCAUAUGUCUUAUGUUUACCGCGCACAUCGGCCAAGGUGUCGUAUCUCUCUAUUGCUUCUUUCAUCAGUGUCUUUAGCGCCGUAAUGAUUGUCAUGAUUGCGCUUGGCAUCCAACGCCCGUGGCACGGUGGGGUCCAGGCGACGGUCGACACCAGCCUGUACAAGGCAUUCCUUGCUGUGUGCAACAUUGUAUUUUCUUUCUCGGGUCAUGUUGCCUUUUUUGGAUUUAUGUCCGAGCUCAAGGAUCCGAAAGAUUACCCCAAGUCUCUGUUUCUUCUUCAGGGCAUUGAUGUCAUUCUCUACAUUGUCACCGCUGUCGUGAUUUACUACUACGCUGGCCAGGACGUCACUUCCCCGGCGUUAGGAUCUGCUAGUCCUGUGGUGCGCAAGGUGGCUUACGGCAUUGCGCUUCCUACUAUUAUCAUUGGUGGCGUUGUCAACGGCCACGUCGCGUGCAAGUACGUCUACGUCCGUCUGUUCCGUGGCAGCGACCGCAUGCACAAGAAGGAUCUAGUGGCCACUGGCUCUUGGAUCGUCCUUAUGUUGCUUCUGUGGAUCGUGGCAUGGGUCAUCGCGGAGGCGAUUCCGGUCUUCAACAACCUUCUGAGCUUAGUUGCCUCUCUCUUCGCAAGCUGGUUCACCUACGGCCUCAGCGCCACGUUCUGGCUCUACCUCAACAAGGGCCGACUCUUCGCGACGCCCAUGAAAAUCUUCCUCACCAUCCUCAAUGUCCUUAUAUUCGCAAUUGCAGGAUGCAUCUGUGGUCUCGGCCUGUACGUGUCAGGCAAAGCAUUGCACGAUGACCCCAGUAGCGCUAGUUUCUCGUGUGCAAAUAACGCUUGA